ACAGGUUUCCCACUUCCCGCCAAAUUACAAAAAUAACCAAGAUGGCGGUAAAUACAAGCAGAGGUUCGUCAACAAAUUGUUCGUUCUUAGAGUGAUUUCUCUGCGGAACUAAAAACGUCAGAGGAGUUAGUUAUUAUACUAUAUUGUGAGCAAAUGAGUUUUGGGACUGGCGGCUCGGAGCUACUCAAUUUGUGGCAACGACUUCAGUUUGGUUCGGAGUCGAGUGACAAAGCCCCAUCACAACAAGCGGAUAGUAUUCGUGGUCAAUUAGCCCAACUACAACACCUACAACGAAGUGGGAAGCUCUCUAGUUCAUGUUAUUCUCAGCUGUUCAGGAAGUAUGCUGACAAGUACCACUCAUUGGUGGACCAACAGGACACUAAUAAAGGCCUCAAUAAUUUUGCUGACCCUGUGCUGGCCUUGGUGAAUGGCCAAAGGAAUGAAAGCACAGAGUGGAAGUCUAGCCUAUCUUUAGAAAAAGUAAAGAAUACAGCCAGAUGGAAGUCAAUGCAAGCUGUCAACAAAGCUUCUAAUAAAUCAGGAUCGGACACUGUCUUAAAUCUUCAUCAACAUAGCAAUCCACCUUCUAAGUCAUCAGGGAGGGUGGAGCCAGCUGCAGUCCCACAGCGGAGUGCAGGUCACACCAAGAGGGUGCUGUCUGACCAGGCAGUACCAGGAAUUGUACCUGAUACAUGUAGGCCAGUCACCCAGCCACUCACCCACCAGGCAGUACCAGGUAUUGUACCUGAUACAUGUAGGCCAGUCACCCAGCCACUCACCCACCAGGCAGUACCAGGUAUUGUACCUGAUACAUGUAGGCCAGUCACCCAGCCACUCACCCACCAGGCAGUACCAGGUAUUGUACCUGAUACAUGUAGGCCAGUCACCCAGCCACUCAACCACCAGGCAGUACCAGGUAUUGUACCUGAUACAUGUAGGCCAGUCACCCAGCCACUCAACCACCAGGUGGUGCCAGGGAUAGUUUUCCAGUCUUCAGCGUUACCCAGUGGACAGCAGGAAGACCAGAAUGCUAGAUUUGCUAACAAAAGGAAGGCCUUCAACCUCUACCAAAAAGGAUCGUCAUUCAAUGACAGCCACCAUGCUGCCAAGGACCCAAGGACGAGCACCUUCCCUAGCAAGGGGGUAGGGAACAGCACACAGCUCCCUAUGCAAAGGUCACAUGCUGACUACGCUAGAAAUGAUGAUGAGGAAGAAGAUGGAAAGCCGCAGUCGUUCAUCACUGCUAAGCAGCAAUAUAUUUUAGAUUGCAAGAAGCAGCGUGGAGGCAGAGGUGGAGGAGGUGACAGUAGAGGGGGUGCCAUGUAUGGGCGGCAAGGUGGUUACGGGGGCGGAUCCAGGAGAACCCUUGGCACAAGGCGUGGUCCAAGCAGCCAGUUUGUUCCACCCGUUCUGAAUAGAGACAAUGAUGAGAGCGGGACAAGAGUCCCAUAUGGUGGUGGCGCAGUGCAUGCUGGGAGGAAGGGAAGUGAUAGCGGUAAAGCUGAAAGUAUUACCGGGGACCCUGUGGUAGAUGAGAAGCUCAAACACCUGGAGCCAAGGAUGGUGGAUCUGAUUAUGAGUGAGAUUAUGGACCAUGGCCCGCCUGUCACGUGGGAUGACAUCGCGGGACUGGAGUUCGCCAAGAAUGUGAUCAAGGAGAUCGUUGUGUGGCCCAUGCUGCGACCGGAUAUAUUCAAGGGUCUCCGUGGUCCACCAAAAGGCUUGUUAUUGUUUGGACCGCCCGGUACAGGCAAAACGUUGAUUGGCAAGUGUAUCGCCAGCCAAUCAAAGGCCACGUUCUUCAGCAUUAGUGCCUCCUCGCUCACCUCAAAAUGGGUGGGUGAAGGAGAGAAGAUGGUGCGUGCUAUGUUUGCCGUGGCGCGGUGCUAUUUACCCGCCGUCAUAUUCAUGGAUGAGAUUGACUCACUGCUGACUCAGCGCACCGACGGUGAACACGAAGCAUCCAGAAGAAUCAAGACCGAGUUCCUCGUACAGCUGGAUGGGGCGACGACUGCUUCAGAUGAGAGGCUCUUGGUAGUCGGAGCUACAAAUAGGCCACAGGAAAUAGACGAGGCGGCACGUCGUCGACUGGUCAAGCGUCUCUACAUACCUCUCCCAGAAGACACCGCACGCGGGCAGAUCAUCCGCAAUCUCCUGAGUCAGCAGAACUACCAACUCACUGACGCCGAGAUCCAACAGAUUGUCACAAGAACCAAAGGGUAUUCUGGGUCGGACAUGAGCUACCUGUGUCGUGAGGCAGCACUUGGACCAAUCAGAAGCAUUGCCGACAUCCAGCACAUUACCGCUGAACAGGUUCGACCGAUCUUGUUUUGUGAUUUUGACGCGGCAUUAUCGCAAGUUCGGGCCAGCGUCUCACAACAAGACUUGAACGUCUACACGGAAUGGAAUAGACUGUUCGGUAGCGGGAGUAAAUAAAACCAGUCUUCACAUCGAGUUUAGUAGAGCGCAUUUCAGCACAGCGCCUCCUAGCAAAGUUUAGACGUCUUUAACCGAAAAUGGAGUAAUAAUAGACUGUUUGGGAGGACAGUACUGACAAUAACCCAUUAACGUAUGAUAGAAAAUAUGUUUCGUAUACGAUUGUUCCUGAAAUAAAAUUAAAAAGUUCCUCG